AUGAAGCUUACAACAGAGAUAUUCUCAACAAGCAAUCUCAUUCUGCACGCAGCCUUUGCAAUAUCCCUCACUCUCAUCCUCUCUCUUCUCAAGAUCCCAGCUUUAUUUCUUCAUGGCCUCCACACUUACAUUCACCCAGAUGAUGUCAAUCCCAACGCCACCACAUCUAGCGGAAUCCGAGCGGCAAUCAGGAGGCCAGGCGCCGCCGACUCCGAACACCCCAAGCCCAGAAAGAAAUCCAAGGAGAACUUCGAGUUCGACGAGAAUAAAGCUCAGAUCUUUAGAUUGAAACUCACUGAAGGUCACCUCCAAUCCAGAAUUUAUUUCGGCGAUUUUUACACCGCUUUUAAUUUCUCCGUUAUUGGGUUUCUGUCUCUGUCGCUUCAUAGAUUCUUGAGGGUCGAUACUGAUUCCGGAUUGGUGAAAAGUGGGACAAUAAUACCUCUUUUGUUAGGGCUCGUGGGCGUUUCAAGAUUGUUCAUCUUGAUCAUUAGGGUCGGAUUUCAGAGGUCCGCAUCGAAGAGGUCUGAGAGGCAAUUGAGCUUCGUGUGUGGGGUUUUGGGGUUUCUGUUUGGGUUGAUUAUUGCUUUUGGGAUUUUUCCUGAUUGGAUUCUUGAUUUUAGCUUUGAAUCAUUGGAUGGUUUAGGUAAAUUUUUUCUUGCUGUUUCCAUGGGAUCUACUGUGGGUUAUCUCUACAUUCCUGCUUUGCGAUAUGCACGGGCUUUUUGGCUCGGAACCGAUCAAAUCCGCUCUAAUUUGUCGAUAAUUUCAUGCGGAUGGUUGUCAAGAACACUUCUUUAUGCUAGUUACAUAAUGACUGUCUUCACUUCAUUGCUUUGGAUUAGCCCUUUUGCUGACCUCCUCAUUAAUGGUGGCGCGAGUAGAUCGCAUAUGGCUACUAAUAGAAGAGAGGUCAUUGAAAUAGCUGGCCGUCUUGGUAUGCCAAGAUCGAGUUUUGACAAUGUGAGGAGCUGGUGUUUGUUUGGUUCAGGAAUGCUGCAGUUUUUAACCUUGAGGCCUAACAUACAGUUGUUCCUAAACGAAGCCGUGCUGUGCUGGUACCAAAGACUGCACGCCAGCAAAGUUCCGGACUUGGAAUAUAGCAGGGCGAAGGUCUUUCUUCACAACCACUACCUAUGCCUAGCAGUUGUGCAAUUCUUUGUGCCUGCCAUGAUGAUACUUCUUCUGUUUGGCUUGUCUCAACUCGAUGAUGGUUUCCUUAAAGGUACCCCGGGGGUUCAUAACUAUAAACUUUACUCGGCUUGGGUGAAAGAAGUUGCCUGCUUUAUGGCUUGGUGGAUUAUCUUUGUUUGGAGUGUGCUUAGUUCAGCCAUCCUUGCCUUGUAUCGCCAUGGAACUUUAUAUGUUUCCUGA